GGUGAUGUCAUGGAGGCAGCAUUGAUGCUGUUGCUGAUGCUGUUGCCCGGCGCCUGUAUCCGUGCAGCCAAACGGGGGUAACCGUAGCCACUGGUCCAGCAGCAGCAGCAGCAGCAGCAGCAGCAGCAGAGAAGACAGGGACAGAAGGGGGAGUGAGAAGGAUAGUCAGCAUCUCUGGGGAAUUACAUACACACACAGUGAGAAGAUGACUCUGGCAGCCUACAAGGAGAAGGUCAAAGAGCUCCCCCUGGUGUCUCUGUUCUGCGCCUGCCUGAAUCCACAGACCUUGGAAAAACCCACAUAUAAGGCAGAAGAUGCAGUGGACCUGGGCUGGUGCGCCAUCAAAGAUGUGGAGGUGAUUGAAUUGAAUAAGCGAGCAUCGGGCCAGGCCUUCGAGGUCAUUCUCAAGCCCCCGUCCUUUGACGGCGUGCCAGAUCUGAACACCUCCAUGCCGCAGCGUCGUGACCCGUCCCUGGAGGAAAUCCAGAAGAAACUCGAGGCUGCCGAGGAGAGGCGAAAGUGCCAGGAGGCCGAGCUGCUGAAGCACCUGGCGGAGAAGAGGGAGCACGAGCGUGAGGUGAUCCAGAAGGCCUUUGAGGAGAACAACAACUUCAUCAAGAACGCAAAGGAGAAGCUGGAGCAGAAGAUGGAAGCCAACAAGGAGAACAGGGAGGCCCUGCUGGCCGCCAUGCUGGAGAGGCUGCAGGAGAAGGACAAGCACGCGGAAGAAGUGAGGAAGAACAAGGAGAUGAAGGAGGAAGCCUGCCGGUAGACGAGUGGAGCGAGGGAGUCGAGAGAGAGAGAGAGAGAGAGAGAGAGAGAGAGAGAGAGAGAGAGAGAGAGAGAGAGGGAGGGUGGAAACUUGGAGCUUUUUGAGUUGAUUUUAAAAAAGGAAAUUAAAAAAGAGUGCAGGGAAAAAAACAAGAACUCCAAAACAACUCGAACAAAGGGAAAAGGCAAUUUUUCAUAUUUGAUGUAUGCUGUAACGAUUCUGAAUAAGCUGUACAAAGUUUAGCCGACACUUGAUGUUGAAAUUCACAAAGAAAUCUGUCGCUUCUUUUCUAUUGGGGGGGGGGGCAUCGAAACAAACAUUUCACAUAUUCAAAAAGGGACUGUUGAGGUUGUUUGGUUUGGAAUGAAAGCUGCACGAAAGCAGGAGGAGGUAAAAAAAAAUAAAAAAUACAGAUCUGUCAUUUUUGGAGUUCCCUCAGUCAGAAAGUAGGUUAUUAUGAUUCCCUGCUUUGUUUACUGAGCUGUGUUUUAGUUGUUUUAUAUCAAGGAUAAUCACUUAAUGUCGCCAGUUUGGCUGCAACACUGCAAAUGAGGCAAAUCCUUUUACAAUUAGACUGUAACGAGAAAAAAGUGAGUUGUAAUCUAAAUUCUUACCUUAAGGAUAAAACAAUGAUAGCUGUGUCUGAAAUCACCCACUCAUUCACCCCCCCUCUCACUAUCCAGGAACUAUCUAGAGGGCGAUGAAAAAAAAUAGUCAGGUCUUUUCCUCUGUGCCGGUAAUUACGCAUUGUCACAGGAUUAUGUCAUACAACAACAACAACAACAACAACAACUACAACGUUGGCUGAUGCAAAUAAUAAAGUUUGUUUUAAUCUUAGUAUUAGUAAUAUUAGGUAAAAAGUGUGUUUAAUGACCAUGGUUAAAUGUAGAAAUAAACCUGUUUGUGGAAACAAAUACGCCAACAGACGAUUUUAAAAUCUGUAUUCAAAUAUAACCUAUACUGUCAUGAUGAUUCAGCUAUUUUUGGUGGAGUGGAAUCACCAGAAAGAGAAGGCUGAGUUGUUCUGCCUUUUCUCCUCUGGUCUCUUCGCCAAUUUUCUUGAGCGCAAUGCAUGAUGGUCUACAUUGCUCGUUUAUUGAUCGAUUGUACAAUACUUUUAUUGAUGCACUGAGGGAUACAGUGAGUGCAUUAUAAAGGGUGUAAAAUUAUUCACUAAACAUUACAAAAUGGAAAACUCACUAUAAAGUGGACUUUAGUGGGUGAUUACGGACACAGAUGAAGUUUAAGAGCCCUAUGCUCAAAACCAACACAAGUCCAAAUCAAGACGCUCCUUCACUCUUUGAUUAUCAGAGUACUUACCCGUCAGUGCAGAGAAACAGGUCAUAAAACACAAGCUUCUGCUGUUCCUGAUUUAAAAAUAAAAACGGAUUUCCCUUGUUUCCUCCGCUCUCGUGCUAAUUCUUUGCUGCACCAUUUUUUUGGAGCUUGUUCGGGCCUCUCUGGGGACGUCUGUGUGGAAUCUCACGAAAUGGCUCAUGAAUAUCAAAUGAAGAAUCUGGCUUCGGUUUCUCUCUGCAGUGCUCCAGGGGAGUGAAAUUCAAAAAAAAAAGACACAAAAAAAAGCUUGAAAAGUGAAAAGAAUGAGGACGCUCUGCUGUUUUCUGCCAUUCUCCGACUUUGUAAAAACCUUAGUGUGAUUGUAGAUCAGGAACAUGCAUUUGAGUCUCUUAGAUUUAGAGCACUGAUUGCACUCUUAUUUCAUUAAGCACAACUCAAAAGCACAUAUGCAUACAAGAAGAAGACAGUGUGAAAACAACAGCAGCAUCACAGGGAGGCAAAGUGACAGUAGGGACAGAUUUGGACAAAUUUGCUUUUAAAGUACAAGUUUGGGGGUUUUCUGGCUAAACAGUAAUGUCUGUUUACUUUGGCAUGUGUCACUGUGCUCUGAAUGUUAGUUUAUGAUUUCCAUGGGGAUUUAAAAAACUAAAAGAGAGAUGAAAUUUGCUCGAGUUGUUGAGUCAUACUGACUUGAUUGAAAUGUCCAAAGUGUUUGCACUGGGAGUCGUGACAUAGGGUUUGUACUUGCUGUAACUUUGUGUCGCUGUAUAUCUUUGAGGCUGGAUUGAUUGUAUCUAUUUGGCAUGGUCAGUAAAAACAGCUUGACUGAA